AAUAGUUGAAUACCUAAUAGUAAACAUUACAUAUUUAUUGAAUUUGGUAUAAAUAAUUUUACUAAAGCUAUCACAGUGUAGUUAGCUUAAGGAAAAUAAAAUAUAAUGCGUUUUGUAAAAAAAUGCUGUAAUUGAUGAAAAUAGGUGUUAUUCAAAAUACAAAAUCAUGGAACAGCCGCUUUCGUUAAAGUUAGCUUCGUUAAGUCUUAUUUCCCAGCAUAAAUUAGAAAAGAUACUCGAUCAAUGUGGCGACAAAGCAGACUUAAUAAUUGACCCAUCUCUUAUAAAACCAUUGGAAAGAAUAUGUGGUGUUAGUUGGCUCAGGCAACAUGGAAUUGAAAAAAUAUACAAAAUGGAUCCUCAAUUGGGUACUACAGCGAACAUCAUUAGAGUUUAUUUAAUACCGGCUUCCAUAAAAAAGUACAAGUGUGUUUUAGAUCAGAUAUCGUCAGUCUUGUGCCAAAACCCAUCUCUAACAGAUGCCAAAUGUUUCAACAUUAUAAUUGCACCAAAAGUUAUUUCCACAUUUGACUCUAUAUUAGAGAACAGAGGUCUUUAUGAUAUAGUUAAGCUGCAUUCAUUCUCAUGGGAAUUAAUGUAUCUUGAUGAUCAGCUACUUAGCUUAGAAUUGCCUUUUCUUUAUAAGCAAUUAUUUGUUGAACAGAAUCAUUCUCUAUUAUCAAGCAUUUCCAUGUCAUUAUGGAGUCUAUUUCAUGUUACUGGCCGACCCAAAUGUAUAUUAUCCUUAGGUAAAUUAUCGGCAAGUGUUUUAGAUAUAUUGGAGGUAUACAAAGAGAGUUAUUCCAGAGAUUUUAUAAGUUCUGAUUCCUCACAUGAUAUUGGGGCGUUAAUUGUGAUGGACAGGGAUCAAGAUUAUGCUUCGAGCUUACUCACACCAGCGACAUACAGCGGUUUGUUAAGUGAAAUUUUUGAUAUCAGCUGUGGCCAUUUAGAAGUAAAUGGAAAUGAUACAAAGUUGAAGAGAGGAAAACUUAAUUUUACUACUACUGAAGGAAAUACUGCAAAAAAUACAGUCAUAACCCUAGACAGUUCAUUAGAUAAUUUGUAUGGUGAAAUUAAGCACAGACAUUUCUCUGAAGUUUUAAGUGUAUUGAGCUCAAAAGCUAAGUUGUUAAAAAAUGAAGACAUUAAAGCAUUAGGCAUUCAGGAAAUGAAAGAAUUUGUUGCCACAAAACUACAACAAGUUACACUUUUUAAACAGAAUCUAGUCAAUCAUGUUUUAGUUAGCGAAACAAUAAUAUCGGAAAUGAACAAUAAAUUCGAAAAUUUGACAUUUACCGAAAGUGAAAUGCUAAAUAACAGAAAUAAAAAGUCCAAUUUCACAUAUAUUGAUGAGAAUUUUGGUACAGAUAUCCAUAUAUACAAUAGCUUACGACUUAUGUGCUUACUUAGUUUGACCCAAGGGUUAUCUUAUGAAGAAUAUAAUACUCUUGUAAGCAAGUACUUGAUAGCGUUUGGUUACAAGUUUUUAUAUGUUUUUAAUAAUUUGAUCACUGCUGGGCUGUUGGUACAACCAUCCAGCCCGAAACUUUCCUUGUCUAAUUUAGGUAACCUAAGUGAGCGAUUACCGAGGUGGCAAAAUGAAUUUCAAACUGUAGCUAAUAAAUUAAAGCAGUUGCCUUCGAAAUCUGAUGAUGGAAAAUCACCGAGUUAUGUGUUUAAUGGUGGAUAUGUUCCAUUGGUAGCAGUUAUAUGCAAUGCCUUACUAACAUCUGACUCUUUAGUAGAGGUUUUGUCAAAGUUAUCAGCUCUCAGCGAUCUCAAAGUGGGCGGGACUGUAAUUGAAAAAUUCAAGGAUGGUAUGGAAACAUUGAAUGAAAAGUUGUCGAAUUUAAAUCUGCAAAAUGAUUUGGAAUUUGGAUGCAGAGAUGCUAAAUCAAUAUUAAAGACUUUGAAAGCUGAUAAGUUGGGUGGCUUUUCUCUAAAGCCUAAAACAAUUUUGGUAUAUGUAAUUGGUGGGGUGACAUAUGCUGAAAUAGCUGCUUGUGAUGUUAUCCAGGCUAAUACGAGCAGUAAAAUUAUAAUAGCGAGUGAUUGUGUUGCUAGUGGUUGUGAUUUGAUGGCAGCCAACACCUAAUUAUUAACAUUGGUGAAAAGAAUCUCAAUAGCAUUUGACUUGCGCAGCAAUGCAUUUUCACAGAAUUAUUUACAUUAAAACCUUUAAUAAGUAUUUCAUAAAUUAUAUUAAGUGUAUAAUACUUUUAUAUUCUACACAAAAAUUUACAAGUCUCUUAUGAUUAUAAUAGUAUUUAAGAACUUCUCAAAUGUAUUAUAUUAACCUCGGGUUUUUAAAAGCUGAUUAAACUUAAAUUAAUGAAUGUGACUAUCUGAUUGUAAAGCUGACUGGAUCAGCGUUUUACGAACUAGUGUGUUAGUUAAAUUGUUAGUAAACCUACUGCAUACUUUUAUCUGUAUGCAUAUUUUUUUUUAUGUGUCUGAUCUUUUUCAAUCAUGAAUAGUCUAGUGAAUUAAACCAACUUUUUUAUUAAUUUUGUAAAAUUAACAGGUGUAUCUAAUAUUUU